AUUGUAAUUCUAGUUAUUGUAGUUUGUUUUAACGUUAAACAUUGAGUUAAAGUAAAUAGAACUUGAAUAUAAAGUGUACCAAUGUUAUAAAAAAGGGGUAUUAUAUUGAUAAGCUUUUUUUAGUAUAUUUAGUCAAGUCUACAGUUCCAUUAAUACAAGAUGAGGAUGCAACGGUGAUGUCUUCCGUGCACUGUGUGGUGGUGUGGGAGUGGCAGCACGACGGGCAGUGGCUGCCGCAUUCUCCUGGCGUGGCGAGGACGCUGGAGCGAGCACAUGCUAAGAAACUCACGAGGGUAGUGCUGGCUGAUGCUGAACCGGCGUUGAAAGGACACUAUGUGAAUUUGCGGACAUUGACACAGUGCUCCGAGACAUCAGGAGUAUCCGAAUGCCGCGUGCGCCGCUCGUGCUACAGCGUGCAGUCGCCGGGCGGGCGCGGCGUGCGCUGGGAGUGGGCGCGGCUGGCCGACCCGCCCAGGGCUGCGGAGCUGCGGUAUGAUCCUCUGCCGAUGGAGAUCCAAUGCCAUCUAGAGGAAGCAUGGGACCGGGGUAUAGACGCCGUGACGUUCGAGGGCUGGUCAGCAUCACUGUGCAGCAUGACAGCGCAGCGGCACACCCCAGCGGGCUCCGCGUUGAGGCUGCUGCGGCGGGCGGCGCACCCCCCCUACCCGCUCACCAGGUCGCCCCCCAUCCCGCCGGUGCUGCCAGACCGACCGAUAAUUGAUGGCCGAAGACCGCGCAUACCCCAGCAGCACACCGGCUCCAGCGUGCACUCGGUGCAGUCCGUGCAAUCAGUACAGUCAGCGCAGUCGGUACAGUCGGCAAAAUCAGCCAAGUCCGCGCCGGCCGGUGUAGCGCGGGAGGCGAGGGGAGGGGCGAGGAGCGCGUCGCCGAGGGAGAGGAAACCGGGCCUAGCUAGACAGAUAUUGCACAAUUUGAAUAUAUUUACGAGUGUGUACGGGCGCGGCGCGGGUGCCGGCGGCGGGGCGGCGCGGGGGGGCGCCGGCGGGGUGCCGCGGGGGGAGGCGCAGGUGCCGGAGCCCGCGGGCGGCGGGGGGGAGCAGCCCUGCGGCUCGAUGGCGUGGCGCCGGCAGCCCGAGCCGCUGCCGGGACACCCCCCGCACGUGGGAUCCAUUGUGGUCACUUAUAAUUUCCAGUCGGGCGUGCAGGGCGCGGGGCACCCGGCGCCGGGCGCGCCCUACUACGCGGUGGGCUUCCCGCGGCACUCGCUGCUGCCGGACACGCCGCUCGGCCGACAGGUGCUGGCCGGGCUGCAGGGCGCGUGGGAGCGGCGGCUGCUGUUCACGGUGAGCGCGUCGCGCACCACGGGCCGCGAGCACGUGGUGGCGUGGCGCUGCGCCCCGCCGCCCGCCGCGCCGCACCACUACCUGCCGCCGCACCGCCCGCAGCGCGCGCUGCUCGCCGCGCUGCGCCGCCUGCACGCGCUGCUGCGCCCGCCCGCGCCCUGACCGCGCCCUGACCGCGCCCUAACCGAACUCCCACUGCGCCCUAAAAGCAACCUCACAGCUCUACAACAGCGCCCUA